AAUUCCAGCAGCCGUCCGCCCUCUUCACGCUCACACCCCGUGGGGCUUCGGUUGCAGCUUGCAGCUCGGCACAGACAGGACCUCCCGGCCAGGGCUGCGUGUGGCUCUCUUGUAGUGUUCCUAGUGUCGACUGUCAGACGUUUGCCCGUUAUCAGUCUGAUGAGAGGUUCCAUGAGCGUUACCGCGACCCCUGAAGAUGUCUAAUUCCACCAGCAACUUCUACACCCUGUCUCGGUCCUUCAGCUUCUCGGACAUUAUUGUGAUAGCCACUUACUUCCUUCUGAACCUGGCUGUGGGCAUCUGGUCGUCAUGCAGGGUGAGCAGGAACACUCUGAGCGGAUACUUCCUGGCCGGUCGCGACAUGGCCUGGUGGCCGAUCGGGGCGUCUAUGUUCGCCAGCUCCGAGGGCUCGGGCCUCUUCAUCGGUCUGGCCGGUGCUGGAGCUGCUGGAGGCAUCGCCGUUGCUGGUUUUGAGUGGAAUGCCACCUAUGUGCUGCUGGCUCUGGCCUGGGUAUUCGUGCCGGUCUACAUCUCCUCGGGGAUCGUGACGAUGCCCGAGUACCUGGGCCGGCGCUUUGGAGGGGAGCGGAUCCGGACCUACCUGGCCGUGCUGUCGCUGCUGCUGUCCGUCUUCACAAAGAUAUCGGCCGACCUGUACUCGGGAGCCCUGUUCGUCCAGGUGUGUCUGGGAUGGAACCUCUACCUGUCCACGGUCCUCAUGCUGGUGGUCACUGCUCUCUACACUAUCGCAGGUGGACUCGCGGCCGUCAUCUACACAGACACCCUGCAGACAUUUGUCAUGAUCGUAGGCGCAAUCAUCCUGACAAUUACCGCCUUCAACAAAAUUGGAGGCUACGGUAACUUGGAGAAGGUCUACAGCCUGGCGGUGCCCAGUAAGAUCAUUCCCAACAGUACGUGUCACCUGCCGCGUGGAGACGCCAUGCACCUGUUCCGGCACGCCGCCACCGGGGACCUGCCCUGGCCCGGCAUGACGCUGGGGCUCACCAUACUGAGCACCUGGUACUGGUGCACGGACCAGGUGAUUGUGCAGCGUUCCCUGUCUGCGAAAAACAUGAGUCACGUGAAAGGAGCAUCGAUCCUGGCUGCUUAUCUCAAGAUGCUGCCGUUCAUCUUCAUCAUUCUUCCUGGAAUGAUCAGCAGAGCCCUCUAUCCCGACACCGUGGGUUGUGUCGACCCAGAGGAGUGUGUGCGCGUGUGUGGCACUGAGGUGGGAUGCUCCAACAUCGCCUUCCCCAAGCUGGUCGUUGAGCUCAUGCCGAGUGGCUUGCGGGGCCUCAUGAUCGCUGUGAUGAUGGCGGCGCUGAUGUCGUCGCUGACCUCCAUAUUCAACAGCAGCUCCACGCUCUUCACCAUGGACAUCUGGAAGAAGCACCGACCUCGGGCCUCGGAGAGAGAGCUGCUGUUGGUCGGCAGGAUUGUGACGGUGAUCUUGGUGGUGGCAAGCGUCGUGUGGAUCCCCAUACUGCAGUCUGCCAAUAGCGGCCAACUCUACGUCUACAUCCAGUCUGUGACAAGCUGCCUGGCCCCCCCGGUCACGGCCGUCUUCACUCUGGCCAUCUUCUGGAAGAGGACUAAUGAGCAGAACAUCCACUAUGGGCUUUUCCUCUUCACCGGCUUUGUCCUUUCUCUUCCACUGUACCACAGUUUAAUUGGUCCCACAUGGGAUCCAGCAUUGUGCAGAAAUCCCUCACUCACUGAAUGCUGUAGACCCCACGUGUGUGAACAUACAAUGUGUGAGCGCCUCAAGUGAGGGAUUUCCUCUGCAAGCGUGAACAUGCUGCUCUUUGAUUUCAAUAAAGGAAAGUAAUCGUUUGUGUCUCAUAACAGUAUGAGGGAGUGAUUACUGGUAGACGGUGGGCCAGAAAGACAUAACAAUGCUGUAAAAAGGCCAGGUUUUGAUCCAGAUCUGACAACACGCUCCAACCUCUGUACGGUCAGGGUCGUUUAAUUACACAGGCCUUGAUUUCUGGGCGUGUCUGAGCUCUAUUGGCGGGGUUUUUCCUUUCAUUGCCAUGUAAACUUUACUUUUAUCAUUUAUCCAUCGAGCUGACAAUCCUCUGAUACAUGACCUCCAGUUUAGGAAGCUGUGUACGACAGCAUCGGUGUGUUUAGUUAAGACUGACACCCCUGGAAUACUACAAUCACCUUAGACCUAAUAAAAGUUACAGUAGAUCAACAACAUAUUCAGUCUUUUAUUUAUGCAGGUAAACACAGGCAGCUUAUCACUUUCAGAAUUUCUUGUGUUGACUCAUGGGGUCAAAGGGUAAAUGUCACUGCACAGGAUGUGUCUCACGCUGACUCGUCUGACGCUGUGCUGAGAAAACAAUUCACAGCUAGAAAGCGCGGCGUGAAGCAGAUGAGCAAAUAUCACUCAUGAAAACGCAAUUUCCUUAUUAUCAAUAUACACCUCAAACAUUAAGGUCAAUCUUUUGAUGUUUUAAGGUUAAAAGUACAGUAUUUUGUCAUGUCAUAUUUUAUAACAAUAUUAACUUUUUUCAAACCUUCCCAUCAGGGAGAGAAGCAGAUGAAAGAGAAAAUGGUUUGGUGUAAGUGAGUUAAGUAAGUUACACAACGUAUUGAGAAGUGAAGUAGGAGUACGUUUGUGUCUCAAGCUCAUUAUUUCGCGAUAAGUUGAACCGCACAGAUCACAUUCUGUUCUGAAGGCUGAGCAGCGAUAGAGAUAGAAGGUUCUUUGUACACUUUGUGACACCAUGGUGAAAGAUUCCCACAGCGGGAAAGUGAGCUUGUUAUGAGCCAGACACACCCAUGAGCCACACGGGGCUGCUCCGGGAUUUACACUCGUACACGCAGGAGUGGACAUUUCAAACCAGCUCUAAAGCAUGU